AUGGUUAUCUCUUAUUCACCAGAUACAAAUAAAUAUUCUCUUCCAAUUAUAUCAAGAAGAAUAUUUGUAGUCUUAUCAACAUUGUGCACUUCUAUUCAUUUUUCAAAGAGAGAACCUUCUCAAGUAACAGAACAUUUGUCAAACCAAUUCAAUUUAUAUUCAUCACACCUUGAUCAAAUUAAAACAGCCAGUCGCUAUGUUAUCUCUGACAUUCCAGAUGAUUUAAAAUAUGGAAUGGAAACUUUAACAUUUUCUAGUUUAUUUGGAAAUGGAGAAUUUCCAAUGCUCUGUGGUUAUAACAAUUUGUCAGUGAUAAUCUUGGAAAAAUGUUCUUUUAGUAUCCAACAUUUAUUCUCCAAUUUAAAACAUCAUUGCUCAAAUCUUCAACUUUUGGAUAUUUCAAAUAAUCCUAGAGCUUACAACAUGUCAGACAGUGACAUACCUCCAACACUCAAACAUCUAUUCUUGCCUCGAUCUAUAAAUGUGACGAUCGCCAAGAUUUAUGAAGAUCCUUUUCAAAUGGUGACAAAGAAACUUUUCCAGUACAUACCCCCAUCACUAGAAUCGAUUCAGUUAUUCUCUUUUUCAAAAAAAGAAUUGGAAGAGUUUCAAGGAUUUUCAUUAUCAAACAAAUCGAUUAAAAGAUUUAAAAUUGACAUUCAUCUGUUGGAUACAGUAAUAGAUGUACUCGAAGUUUGGGAGUUGGAAGAAUUGGUUAUUUACGAUCGUGAUAUGAAAUCUGGGCAUUGUUCUAUUUUGAAUAGAUUUUCUGGAAGUUGUAGUAUCAAAAUCAUCACAAUCGAGUCAAGACAACUGAUUGAAAAUCCAGAAACAGAUUCAUCUAGUAAAUUUUUCUUUUACAAAAGAUCAUCCAAUCGACUCUAUUCUCCAAUUCUAUCCCUAUAUUGUUAUAAAAGAAAGGUUUCAAAUAUUAUUGUUGUGGAUAGAGACACAACCCAUGAAAUUAAAGAAUAA